UGAAGAUAAGUGAGGGCCACCGGUCUAGUUCAAAGUUUAUCUCGCUAUUGUUGAACGCUGUGCGGAUCCAUACUUGGAUCACGCCAUCUCGACACCGAGACAGUUGAACGAGAUGACUGCUCUUACGCCUGGCCUCGUCGAUGUAUUCGACUUAAAUGAUUUUCAGGGUGAAAGUACAGCGGAUAAAGUACGAGAUGUAAUUAAAAGCAGUCCAAUCGUGAUUUUUUCAAAGACAACUUGUGAAUUCUGCAAGGAAGCCAAGAGAACGCUUACUAAUAUGAAUGUAAGCUUCCGAUCGCUCGAACUGAAUCGCAUGGAUAGGGGCGACUCGAUACAUUCUAUUGUGAAGGAUAUAUCCAUACAGAAAACGGUACCAGUGAUAUACAUUGAAGGACAUCUGAUCGGGGGUUGCUCGGACCUGAUGAGGAUGGAAGGAAACGGUGAGUUACUCCACAAAUUGAGACAUCUGCAGAUCAAGGGGAUACAGAAGGACCAAAAGCCUAUAUUUACGGACAUGGACCGACCUUGGGACAAGAAUGCGGCAAUUCCACCCUUGUUCUACUUUCCAGACACCCUCAACUGCAAUGCCGUCCGCUGCAAAGCGCUUUUUAUUACAAUCACGGCUAUUUGCGGCGCUGUAUUUUGGGACACAAGAGGCAUGCACUGGGUCAUAGCUGGUCUCAUGGUUGAUUUCAUUCUCAGUUUUUUCUUCGGGGGAGCAUUCUCUAUCUAUGGGGCGCUGGGUGAGUUGUGUGCUUGCAAAAUGGAGCCUAGGUGGGUUGCAGGCCCGCCCAAACAGUUCGCUGUACUAUGUGGCAUAACCUUCUCGGGUAUAGCUACAGCUUGUUUCUUCGGAGGCAAUGGCGACGAAGUCACAGAAAUUAUUGGUGCCGUUUUCUGUGGGAUGCUGGCUGGUGCGGCCGGCAUGGAGGCCUUCGUGGACUUCUGCGCAGGGAUUGGAUUGGUUCGGGACGCAGUCUACAAGGUCCAUAUCAAUAGCGUCGAGGAGCAGCGAAUGAUGUGGAAUAAUGCGCAUGUCAAACGUAAACAUUCUGUCCCAGAAGUAGUGACAGUGUCCACCGCCGCUACUGAGGCAGGCACCGCAGACGCCCCUCUGCUCACACCCGCCUCAACUGUGUAUAGGGUGAAGCAGUCGGACUUGUGGCGCAAGACAUGGCACCCAAUCAAGUACAUGCAGAUUACGUACUUUCUCUGGCCCCUGUCUCUAGCGGCGCUGGCUUUUGCCUUCCGUGUGGCUGUGCAGGCAGUCAACGCACCGGAAGAACUUUGGGAGACCAUGGCCUACAUUGCGGCCAUUGUGUUCGUACUCCUUCUGGUUCUAUUCACUCUGCGAUGCAUCAUGUACACUCGCAAGGUGUACAAAGAGUGGACAUGUCCACUUCGAGGACCGACCUUCGGCGCGAUCCCUUUGACAGUUGCCCUUCUUGGAUCAUUCCUCAGUGAAGCGAGUUUCACGGCUGCUGAAGUAUUCGUGUGGAUAGGCACGUGCGUACUGUUUGUGUUCACCGUCAUGUUCGUUGGUCGAUGGAUUGCCCUCCGACACGACUACGAGCACGUGCAUCCCACGUGGCUCAUCAUUCCCGUCGGCAAUUUCAUCAACGGUGCCCUCUUGGCAUCCCUGGAUGAGCAGUAUACAGAAGUAGGACUGGCCCUCUUCGGAUUCGCUUUGCUUAUGUGGAUAGUGCUGUUCGCUAUCACCCUGCAAAAGACUGUCAUCUCUCACAACUCUGACGACCGUCUCAGAGGCAACAUCUUCAUCUGGGUCGCAUGUCCCGCAGCCGCAGCGAUCUCGUGGUCCAUCGUUAGUGCGAGUGGAGGAGGGGUCUUCUUUGAUACCAUCUCGCGACUGCUCUACUUCAGCAGUGCUAUCCUGCUGUGCUGCUUGUGUUACACCGUGUUCCCCCACGGGUUCACCCUCAAAGGCAUGUUGCCUACCCUGUCUAUGGGAGUACAUGCGGUGGCCUUCUCUUUCAAUGCUGUGGCCAUUGCUGCGUGCUUAUACGAUAUCUCGAUCGGCACCACCAUCAGCGCAUGGUUGGCAGCGGGUGGUUUGGCAGCGGGUUCCUGGUUGACUGCUGUGUAUUCCAUCCAGACGGUCACCGCUAUAGUGGAUCAGCGUAUCUUCCGACCUGAUGUCAAGUGGGGUCCUUUCUCGGCCUUCAACCGACUCAUGCACGAGACUGUGCGCACCAUGUCUGCCAAACUACUUACUCUCGCCGAGGAUCCAGACUUUGGCACAAAUCAAGAGUUCUUAGAACUGUGGACUUUGUAUGAGCGUCUGCAUCAUAUGCACUCCACUCAAGAAGACGACUACUUGUUUCCACUUCUGAACGAUUUCGUACCGAACCACCCUGUACACGCUGGAGAUGAGCAUGAAGAGCACCAGCUCAUGUUUGUGCACAUUAACAAGCUCAUCGAAUCUGCAAACCGCGGUUCCACUGAUACGCUAAAGGACGAAGCCGGCAAUUUGCCUGUUGAGACCGUCAACACAGGAGCGUCUAGUCAACUCGACGUGAACAACAAAAUGAAGGAGAAAUCCUCGCAAAUGAGUGCACUCGACGCUGAUGCCUUAAAUUCUCAAGCUGACGAUGUAACGCAGGUUACGAGCGAAUCACUCAGCCCAAUGACUGCUACUUUAACGGCGGACGAGGACCUGAACGAAACUCCUAUUGAUGGUGAAGGUGAUGUGAUGAAAAAUAGUUCAACUGGUUACGGAUCAUUACAGUUGGCACUGCGCGAAAUGGUCGCCGAGAUGGAGGAGCACAUGGUUUGGGAGGAGAAGAAUCUGCAACCCAUUGGCCGCAAGUACGUUCCCUUAGAACUUCAGAAGCGCGCUGUACGCCAGACCUGGGAGAGUGUGCCCUCGAGUGAGUGGCGCGUGCUGACGCCCGUAAUAGUUCGGUACUUACCGUAUCACCCCAUGCGUGUAAGGUGGGUGAGAGGGGUACUAUGGGCCAUGCCCGAGCGCGCACAGCAGCUUGGUUUGUACCUGUACCACGGACUCAGUGAUGUCCAGUGGAUCAAGUUGACUACUGAUGUGCCUGAGUUGAUUCCUCGCAUUCGAGAUGUGCCCGAGGCGUCGCGAUGGAAUAGAUAUUACUAAAACGAAAGCGCCGACCGAAAAUAGAUAGCUUAACCUUACGGGGUGUGAUAUAUAGUAGCGUAUUAAUGUAGUAUACUUCUUAGGGUUUAUGUUGGGCUGUAUACCACGUUCAAUUGCACCCAACUUUUAUGUGUUGAGGUGGAUCCAAUGCCGAAAAGUAUUGAGGGACACUUCGCACUCGACAUAGUAGCAUGUAAUCAUGCAGCGGUUUCUCAUGACAAUCAGAGGGAUGAAAAGUGGCUUAUAUUUAGCUACAUCAAACAUAUAUUCAUUAACAAUAAAAACCAAUAUUGAAG